CCGUAAAUUUCGCUCAAAAAUAAUUUGAGACCAUCAAAUAAGAAAUCCAGUAAUGAAAUCUUCCUUGCAAUCGCCAUUGCUGAUGACACAAAAUGGAAAAGGAGCUCAUGUAUUGUAAAAGCCUGUAAUAAAGACUCUCUGUUACCACCACGCCAAUGGCAUCUCCCACUUGCAGACCUUCCCUUCCCUACCAUCGGACCACCGAAACUGAUAUCAUCACCUCCACAAAGGCCCUCCAAUCUCUCAUCAAAUCCUCCCACUUCGACCAGGCCCUCUCUCUCUUUCGUCGGAUCCUCUCUCUCUACAAGCCCGACCCCUUCUGCCUCCCCCUCGCCCUCAAGGCCUGCGCGAACCUCCCUUCACCGCUCAGCGGCCGCGCCCUCCACGCCCUUGCCCUCAAGUCUGCGCUCCGCCCGAACCCCUUCGUUGCCUGCGCCCUCCUCGACUUCUAUGCCAAGUCCUCCUCCUCCCCUGUCUCCGCUCUCUCUGUCUUCGAUGAAAUCCCGAACCCAAAUCUUGUCACUUACAACGCUCUUCUCUCUUGCCAUGUUCGGCUGGGCCGAGUCGACGAUGCUCUUGACCUCUUCCGCUGCAUGCACGUUAAACAUAAUACUUCGUCGUAUAACACUAUUAUUGCCGGUAUGUCACGCGCGGGCCGGCAUGCUCAUGCUCUCGAAUUUGUGCGUCAGAUGUGUACUGCAGGCGAGCGGCCGAAUCUGAUUACGCUACUGAAUGUGCUGCCGGCGUGCGCGAGCCUUGCAGCGCCACACACUGUCCGUGAGGCUCAUGCAUACGCUGCCCGAGCAAGUUUGUACUGGAACGCCCAGCUGGGUAGUGCACUUGUUGAGGCAUAUGGGCGAUGCGGGUGCCUGCACUAUGCCAGACAAGUGUUUGAUUCGAUGCCUGUGAGAGAUGUGGUAGCAUGGAGUGCGCUCAUCUCGGCCCAUGCUCUUCAUGGCGAGGCAAAGAACGCCUUACUUAUUUUCGAUCAAAUGGUGAAGGGUGGAGUCAGACCAGAUGGCCUGGCGCUCUUGGCAGUGUUAAAAGCAUGUAGCCAUGGUGGGCUUGUGGACGAGGCAUUGAGAUUUGUGAGAGAGAUGGAGGUUAUGUAUGGUUUGGAGGUGGGAGUUGAGCAUGGAGCAUGCGUUGUGGAUGUGUUGGGGAGGGCCGGGAGGCUGGGGGAGGCGGUGGAGGUUGCUAAGGUGAUGGGGGAAGGCGCUGGGGCGAAGGUGUGGGGGGCGGUGUUGGCUGCAUGCAGGGUGCACGGGGAAGUGGGAGUGGCGGAAGAAGCGUGGGGAAAAUUGAGGGAGCUGGAGGGGUGGAAUGCGGGAAAUUACGUGUUGAUGGCGAGUGUUUAUGCUGGGGCUGGGCGGCAUGAGGACGCAGAGAGGGUGAGGGGGGAUAUGAGAGAGAAGGGGGUUAGGAGCUUUCCUGGGUGCAGUUGGGUGGAGGAGGUUAGUGGUUGAGAGAGAGAGAUGGGUGUUCUUCUACUCGAGAAAGAGUGAGAAGAUGAUUAGGGGUGGCAAACGUGUUGGGUCGACCCAAACCGGGUCCAAAUUGGACCCUUUGGAUCCGACUCGACCUGACCGGUUGCCACCCCUAAAGAUGAAUUGGGUUGUUUUUUCACCCUUCCCCGGGGAGGAGGUAAUUCACUAAGAGAGAGCCGCGAGGAUAGUUUGAGGUAAAAGAGAAAAACAACGUUGCCUAGGUAACAGAGACACAAAGGGUGUGGUUUCUAUAAAGUUUCAACCUUUAACAAUUCAAUUAUGGCGCAGCUCCAA